AGAAAAUUUGUACCUAUUAGUAUCGUACAAGAUGGUUACAAGUGAAACUUCAAAUAAAAUUUCACAUUAAAUUCACAUUAAAUUUGUACCUAGAUCUGCAGGAGGCGGCUUUUUGGGUUGAGAAGAUUUGGCUCCAGCCAUGGCAGCAGCAGAUGCGGCAGGAAAGGACUGGUCCUUUGGGUCACCGUCCAUGGUGGGAGCAGAUCUGGGCGAGAAAAGCAAAGGGGAAGGAAUCGGCAGUGGCCCGAGGAAGAAGAAGAAGAUAAAAAAGGGUACAGAUGGCGGAAAUCUGCAAGGAGAUCAGACCAAGUCAAUUGGUGCUCAUCACCAACACGAAGUUGGGAGAAACACGAAGGCAUCGGCUGCUGGUGUUUCCGAGAGGACCUUCAGGCACCCUGAUGCCAUGACUUCUGUGUUUAACGCUGUUGACUCAAUCAGCAAGGAUUUGUCAACCGUAAUCCAGUCACCAGCCUCUGAUGACAUAUCCCUAACAGAGAAAGAAGAGAAGCUAGGCGAGUUAAUGGAAAUGAAUCAAGGUUUGCUUCAAUGUACGGGUGUCAGCCAUGCUUCUAUAGAAACCAUUCUUCGGACAACAUUAAAAUACAAGUUAGCUUCCAAGUUGACCGGAGCUGGCGGCGGAGGCUGUGUGUUAACGCUGUUGCCAAGUUGUAUCCUCUUUCUAAUUCUGCAUUUAAGAAUUUUACGCUUCUUACAUCUUGCUAAUACGUUUUCAAUGCUAUUUUCUUUGAUAUCUAUCUUCCGCUGCUUCAAAGCAUUCACUUGUUUCCUUGACCAUCCUGAAUCAGUGCUAUCAGCGACAGUUGUGGCCAAAGCGAUCAAGGAGCUAGAGUCAUCUGGGUUCCAAUGUUUGACUACAGCAAUUAGUGGGGAUGGUGUUCAGGUUGCUUUGAUUCAUGACUUUCCCAGGAAACCUUCCUCUUUUAGUAAGACCUAAUCCCAUCCUUGAUUUCAGAUAAUAACAUUUUAACCCCAAUGAAGUGGGUCUAUGGUU